AUGCAGCCGGCCAGACAAGGUCGCCAGACAAAGGCUGAUAACCAUCAGUGCGACAAAAAUUUGGUCAUGUGCACGUGUGCGUGGGAUGGUGGUCGAAGCGAACUCAGUGGAAAUGCUGAGACAGAUCUGUCAAUGCAUUCAUUUUCUGCGCUGCACAAACACACGGAAGCAGUGCAACGACCAGCGACAGAGCGGGAGAAGCAAUGA